UGGCCAGGACAUACAGAAAAACAGAUGCAGAGAAGCCUUGAGAGAAAACACCAACAGCAGCAACAGAAUAGAGUGCAGGUUUAUAUUUAUGAUUUAGAACUACAAACGACAAUAUCAACAAUCAAGACAGCUCCAGGUGCCAGAGAAAUACAGCAAUGGGGUGACAGCAGUUGGGGGCAAAUAAUCAUUAAACCGAGACUGUUAUAAAAGACGCAGAGAGUUUUUACUUUAAAAUGUCUUUGAACAUUUAUGAAGAACCAAGUUUGAUCAUGGAUGUGAGAUACAGCAAAGGAAUCCGAGAGGACAGAGGAGAGAGAGUGGAGAGACUGGUCGACAUCUAUGAUGGACAGAACACUUCCACGGAGCAUCACAUUUAUCUUUCCACACAGGACAGAGGAGCACACACUCAAAAGCCUCCUCCAGCUGUCCAACGAAACCCUUUCAGAGCUGCUGCACUGAUCCUGGGUCUACUGUGUAUCCUGCUAUUAGGGGGGUGUAUUGUCCUGUCCAAGCUCUAUAUGCAAAUCAUUGAGGAAAAAAACAUAGUUGAUGCCACUAAUAACGAGCUGCAGGUCAGGUUGGACACCAUCCUCAAAGAAACCUGCCAGGCACAGGGGAAUAAGACAGUUGCAGGAUGGAAGCGGUUUCGAUGCAGUUGUUACUACAAAUCCACUGACAUGAAAAACUGGAAUGACAGCAGGGAGGACUGUCAGAGCAUAGGAGCUGAUCUGGUGAUAAUAAACAGCAAAGAAGAGCAGGAAUUUGUCAUGAAGAUGAACGAACACGGAGCUUCAUGGAUCGGUCUGCAGUCAGAGAAAAUAAAGGUUUGGCCGGAGAAAUGGCAAUGGAAGUGGGUUGAUGGAUCACUACCAGAAUAUCGAGCCUGGCAGGUAGGAGUGGACGUAAUCCCUGUUGACAGGUCCACAGCCUAUAUGGACGUCCAAGGAUGGAUGCGCGCGAAGAACGGAUCCAAACAAUGGAUCUGUGAGAAACAGAUCUGAGAUCUGAGAGUUUCCUGGUGAUCUUGCAGUCUUGUGCCAUGUAACUGUGAUGUAAUGAAUCUGGUCAAAGAUCCUCUCUGCAUGUAAUUUCCCUGAUCUCCCCCUCCCUUAAAAGCUACUGUACACAAUAAAAGCAAACAUGAGAUAA